CCUAUCCCCUUCCCCUUCUCUUCUUUUCUAUCUCAACUGUGGCGUCUUUCUCCUUUCUUCUUUCAUUUCUGGCCUGCUCCCUUUACUCACUAUAUAUGUUGUGAUUUUUAUUUUUAUUUUCUUCGUUUGUUCACAUCCCAUUUUCGAACACCAGAGCAGCAGAGAGAGACGAACUAGAGAGAGAGAGAUUUCUUCUGUUUACCCUUCUAGGGUUUUCUUCACCAUCCCUCUCCCCUUUGCCCCUUUUACAGAGAUUGAGGUAUUAUUCUAAUAUACUUCCUUUCUCUAGCCUCGACUGCUUUGGUUACUGGAUCCCCUCUCUGCCCUUAUACCCUUUUUCAGGGAUUUCAAGAGUGGGUUUUCUCUGAAGAAGCCCAAUUCUGUUCUCUGUACUCUUUGGAAGAUUUGGUGUACUUCUCAUUAAGACACGGUUUGAAGAUUGGAAAGAUGGGUUACCUUUGUGAUUUCUGUUGUGAGCAGAGGUCGAUGGUAUAUUGUCGCUCAGAUGCGGCUUGCUUGUGUCUAUCAUGUGAUAGAAAUGUUCACGCCGCCAAUGCUCUAUCGAAACGCCAUUCCAGAACACUCUUGUGUGAGAGGUGCAGUUCACAACCCGCACUAGUUAGAUGUGCAGAGGAAAAGGUCUCGCUUUGCCAGAACUGCGAUUGGAUGGGUCAUGGCACCUCGACAUCAGCUUCCGCACACAAGAGGCAAACUAUCAAUUGUUAUUCCGGUUGCCCUUCUGCUUCCGAGCUCUCCUCGAUAUGGUCCUUUGUUUUGGACUUCCCUUCUACCAGUGAAUCUACUUAUGAGCAGGGCAUGGGAUUAAUGAGCAUAGCUGAGAAUGUCGCCACGGAGGCCUGGCCAUCCUCUAAUGAAGAGGCUGACCGUCAAAACUUGGAGAGUAUUCUUGAGAUGAGCGAUUCACGCGAAGUUGGAAAGUCAAGUGCUUGGGAUGGAUCUCGACCGAUGACUGGGUCUGCUGCCAACCCAGAGAGACAAGGUCAUCAGCCUACUGGAUCGGGUAGUUCAACAUUGCCAAAGUUAGGCUUUCCUGGAAGUAAAGGUGCUACAUUCUGUGAAGAUGAUGGUCUUUAUGAUGACUUCAAUAUGGAUGAGAUGGAUUUGAAUCUUGAAAACUAUGAUGAGCUCUUUGGUGUUGGCGCCAACAAUCCUGAGGAAGCCUUUGAGGGUGGUGGGAUUGGUAGUUUGUUUGGGACAAAGGACAUGUCUGGUGCUGAAUCCUACUGCCAGGGUGCUGCUGCGGCUGAGGUGUCAUCAGUUGGACGUGUGAAUGCAAUGCAGCAGCCUACAUGCAGCAAUGCAGCAUCUGCUGAUUCCAUUAUGAGCACUAAAACUGAACCAGUUAUCUGUGUCACGCCAAGGCAAGGUCAUUCAAAUCUCUCGUUCUCCGGCAUUACUGGGGAAAGUAGUGCCGCUGCUGAUUAUCAAGAUUGUGGAGCUUCUCCAAUGCUGCUCAUGGGAGAGUCUCCAUGGGGUCCCCCUGGUGCUGAAGGUUCCCCAUCAGCGAACCGAACUAAUGCUGUGAUGCGGUACAAGGAAAAGAAGAAGACACGCAAGUUUGAAAAGAGAGUAAGGUAUGCAUCCCGCAAAGAAAGAGCUGAUGUACGGAAGCGUGUGAAGGGCCGAUUCGUGAAAGCCGGUGAAGCAUAUGAUUAUGAUCCUUUGACGGAAACCAGAAGCUACUGAGAUGACGAUAUGUAACUGACUCUGAGGGUUUGAAGAGGAAGGGAGAAAGUAAUGUCAUAGGACGAGGAAAUGGAUCGCGGGAUUUAUAGUACUCAGGUCGAUGAAAUUGAGUCCCCCUCCAUUCCCAAAGCCAUUGGUGGACUGACAAAAUUCCUGGAACAAUGGAGAGAGUACUUCAUUUGCAGUGUAUAAAAAAUGAUGAUGAAUGUUGGUGUAGACGUCUGACGAUGUUUUUGUAUUCUUGGAUUCGCGGGCAGUCGCUUUAUGAGAAAGAGCGGCUGAUCUCACAGGCUAGAGAAAUGAUCUCUCUGACUUAAGUCCGCAGCUUAAGUUAUAAUUUUGAUGGUAUGUAUAGCAAGAUGAAGAUUCUAUGUAUCUUUAUUAUUCAGAGAGCUGUGGUGACUGGUGACGAUAUCGAUAGCUGCCCCUCAGUGUUCCGGAGGGGGUUGGUUAAAACUGUCUUUCUACAGGUUUGUACAUAUAUAGCCUCUAGGUAGAAUCGACUUCAACUAUGUAUUCCCUCUGAAGAGCUUUCUCUGUAACGAUGAGAUGAUAUGGUUGUUUCUGAAGCGUUUUGUGCUAGUGAAUUACUGUUUCUGUUGAUUAUGGAGCC